CUGACUCAAUAUGAAGCUCCACUGGCUGCUAUUCGCAGUCGUACUGAUCUGUGCCCUGUACAGCACUUCGGGCACGGGCAGUUCCACGGAAACCAACACCAGCACCGAGUCCACCACCGUGGCGGGCAGUAGCACUUCGACCGCCUCGUCCUCCUCCUCCACCUCGGACACCACCGAGGCCAGCAGCAGCAGCAGCGAUUCGUCCACCAGUUCCAGCAGCUCGUCCUCCAGCUCCAGCAGCUCCUCCAAGAAGAAGGCUGCCGCCAGGAGGAAGAAAGCCGCUCGCAGGAGGCGUCGUGCCGCACGCAGGAGGCGUCGCGCCGCCCGCAGGCGCGCCCAGCGCAGGCGCAACAGGGGUUAG